AGAGAGAGCUGCCGAGCUGCGGAGCUGCGGAGCUGCGGAGCUGCGGAUUUGCCGAGCUGCCGAGCUGCGGAGCUGCGGGCCUGGCGACAUUUCGCGCUCUCCGACCUGGGACAUUUCACUGGCUCAGAACCAGGUCACUUAGUCGGGAAGAACAAAGGAGUUAGGAAAGAACCUCUCGUCUCCUCCUCCCACCUCCUCCUCCCACUGGCUUACUGUUCCGCUCGUUCCUGUUCGCGGAAGCUGCGUUUAUUAACAUCACAGGAGCUGCAACAAGUGGUGUUGAAAGGAGUCUCAAAGACAACAAGAUGAGUAAGAACAAAGAUGAUGCUCCUCAUGAACUAGAGAGCCAGUUUAUCUUACGCCUCCCUCCAGAAUAUGCCUCUACAGUGAGGCGGGCAGUACAGUCUGGCCAUGUCAACCUGAAGGACAGACUGACAAUUGAGUUACACCCUGAUGGACGUCAUGGAAUUGUCAGAGUUGACAGGGUGCCAUUGGCUUCAAAAUUGGUAGAUCUUCCGUGUGUUAUGGAAAGCUUGAAAACUAUUGAUAAAAAAACUUUUUACAAGACUGCUGAUAUUUGUCAGAUGCUUGUGUCCACAGUUGAUGGUGAUCUCUAUCCUCCUGUGGAGGAACCAGUUGCUACUACUGAUCCUAAAGCAAGCAAGAAAAAAGAUAAGGACAAAGAGAAAAAGUUUGUAUGGAAUCAUGGAAUAACUUUGCCUCUAAAAAAUGUAAGAAAGAGAAGAUUUCGGAAGACAGCAAAGAAGAAGUAUAUUGAAUCUCCAGAUGUAGAAAAAGAAGUUAAACGUUUACUGAGUACAGAUGCAGAAGCGGUCAGUACUCGCUGGGAAAUAAUUGCUGAAGAUGAAACAAAAGAAACAGAAAAUCAAGGCCUUGAUAUCUCUUCUCCUGGAAUGUCUGGCCACAGGCAGGGCCAUGACUCAUUAGAACAUGAUGAGCUUCGGGAGAUAUUUAAUGACCUCAGCAGUAGCAGUGAUGAUGAAGAUGAGACACAGCAUCAAGAUGAAGAAGAUAUAAACAUCAUUGACACUGAGGAAGAUCUGGAAAGACAGCUACAGGACAAGCUAAACGAAUCAGAUGAGCAGCACCAAGAAAAUGAGGGAACCAAUCAGUUGGUUGUGGGAAUUCAAAAGCAGAUUGAUAACAUGAAAGGCAAGCUCCAAGAGACCCAGGACAGAGCCAAACGACAGGAGGAUCUUAUCAUGAAAGUGGAAAACCUGGCUCUCAAGAACAGAUUUCAGGCGGUGCUGGAUGAACUCAAACAGAAGGAAGACCGUGAAAAGGAGCAACUUAGUUCUUUGCAGGAAGAGCUGGAAUCACUCCUAGAGAAGUGAGAGCUUUGAAACAUAAUUUCAUUCCUUAGUCUGGUCAGUUUUGAAGGAAAAAUCUGGACUUCAUUACUUGGACUAAUAAUUUAACUUUGCAGUGGUCCCCAUUUUUUCUGCUGCUUUUUAUUUAAUUUGUCUCAUGGGCAAAUAGAAGUGUGAAUGUCUCUUUGUCUUCUCAGGACCACUUUGCCAGGUAUUUAACUUAUAGAAGUAGGAUUACGUGGUAAGUGAUUGUAGGAAAGUUGCAGGAGUAGUAGAAUGCCAAUUCAAGCUUGAUAAUCAUGGGUUCAUUGCUGGACUUCACUGUUGUACUGUUUUUUAGAAAACAGUGAAGUUAGUUUACAUGUUUUUCUGUGCAGGAUCUAUUUUCUCAGCUAUUCAGAGCAAUUCUGUACAAGUAGAGUUGCAAAAAGAUUGAUAAAACUUUUUUUAAACAUACAAGCAGCUAAUUUUUAGUUUUGUCUUGCUCUUUCAAGGAUCAUGGUGCCAGAUACUCAUGAGGUGGUUUUUUGUUGGGGUUUAAUGACAGCAGUUUGAUUUUAUUAGGAAAGAAGGAACACAGCAGGGUAAAGAAUUUGGGAGUUGUCAUCUUUACAUUAUGUUAAAUUUCCAGUUGACGUGCUCUAUGUGGAGGUUAAGAAACAUUUGGUACAAAGCCUUCUAAACUACCCCAACUUUUGUGCAUGAAGGCUGUUAUUUUAUAGAAACAACAAAGCAAGACUGUCAAGUGCUAUGCAGUGAGUCAUUCCAUUUUUUUUGUUAUUCAUAAAUAUUUUCAACAUAAUUUCUGCAACUAUUAAUAAUGUCCUGAGAGCUGAGAUUUUCUGUCUAUGCUAGGUUAUCAAAAUUGUUCAUAAAGGAAGUCAGUACGAUGGUCUGAUUUUCAAGAUUUCUUAAACAUAAUAUUUGUAUUAUUAAACUUUUUGCACUCUGAAUAUUCUAAUUGAGUAGCUCACAUUUGUACUGUUUUUUAUAAAAACCAGUGACCAAACUUGAACAUUUUGCAUUUCUGACAUUCUUUUAUAAAGAAAAGCUUUGGUUUGAAAUUACCUUAUGGAGCAAAUAUUUAAAGCUCAUUUUAAUUUUGUAUUUGGAAAUAUCAGUGGUGAAAUGUUAAGCAAAAUUUUCCAGACUUUUCAAGUCUGUAGUCAUACUGAUAUUUGAAGACUUCACAGACUUCUUUUUCACAUCUGAGCACCAUUUUUCUUUUACCAAAAUAUAUAUCAUUUAAAUAUUUCAGUACAGAAUAUGUAGACUUACGGUUUCUCGAUGUCUAAACUUUGGAUUAUUUCUUAAGGUUUGCCUAUAAUAAGAGACAACUUUUCUUAAUAUGUUAGGUAUGUGACAAAUUCUGGUUUAGGGUACUUUGUAUUUUAUUAUUGCUUUAUGUGGAUAAUUAUUUGUUAAAAUAGUAAAUUAUUUAUGGCAAUGUCAACACCAGUGAUAACGGAGUCCUGUCAGUAAUGGGAAGGAGGUUUUGCUGCACAGAAAAACAAAAUGGCCUUGUGAUUUCAUUACUCUCAUACCUAUUUAAGGGUUCUGCGGAUUCUCCUCUCUUUAUUUCUAAACUGAUCUCUUCUGAGCUCCACAUGGAGUAUUCAGCUCUGUGUUGGAAAUGCUUUUAAUUAUUUCUCACACAUCUCAACCCUCAGUAUUCAAAAUAAAUUCAUCAUUUUUUCCUUGUUGGUUUACUAAUGGGCAAUAGCUUCCAUCUUUAUGUGUAUAAACAUUUUAUCAUGUAGUUUGACUAAGUCACCCAAGGGAUAUUUCUAAGAGACUGGAUCAUGUCACUCUAAUGCUCAAACCUUUAAUGACAGAUCAUUGCUUUUGGGAUUAUUUAUUUAUAGUUCUUAAAAAGACAUGGUCAUGACUUCCAUUGACUUUAAGAGUCUAGUCUCACUAUGUUCAGUCCAUAUAAAGCUUAACAUUUUUUACAAGGACACUAACUCUUGAACCUAUUAACAAACUCAUCACUCCACCUAGAAAACUCUUACCUUUUAUUUGGCCUACUCCUACUUAAGUCUCAGUUCUAAACAUAAGUAUCUGCCAAGACUUUUCUUUAUUUCCAGGUUGAAGCAUGCUGUUAUUGCUUUGCUUGGAGUCUAUUCUGUUUUUCAGAUAUUUAUUGUGCAAGUACCAGAUGCUGGAUGUGAAAGUACAGAACUAAGUAUGUUUUAGUGUUGAGUUUCAUGUACUCUAAUGGUAUGCUGGGAUAAGCAUGCAUAUCAUACUACAGUGUAAAUUACCUGUGUUCAUAUCCGUUAGGUACUUUAGUUUGUUACAGUCAACUUAAGAAAAGAAAUUAAAAACUUAAGAAAAGAGAUAAAAAAAAAUCUCAAGGUUGAGAGAUAAGAGUGCCUGGGUUUGUAUCCUAGAAUAGUAAUUUGCUAGUUGUAAAUUGUAGGAAAGCAAGUUUAAAAUACAUUUAUUAGUAAAACAAAGACUGAGUAUACUAUUAUUAUUGUUUUGUUGGUUUUUGAAAAACUUG